UUCCCUCUUGGUUGGGAUUGGGCUGGGAAACGCGUUUUCAAACCAUCCAUUUGUUUGAAUUCAUGGUGUCUAUCUCAAAUUUUUUAGAUUUUUUUAUAAUUUUAAUUGAACUCAUUUUUUUUAGAUUAUAAGCAUCCUAUGCUUGAAAUGAUAGAAAAUUUCAAUUAAAUUAGUUAGCAGCAUGCUUUUCUCGUAAUGGUAAGUCAUAGAAGAAAAAUCAACUGUAUAUUUGCUUGAUGUCUUCCAUCUUGUUCUUGUGCAUAUUCUUGUUGUGUUUCUGUAGUGUGGAUUAUUGCUAUGCUACAGAUACUUUAAAGCAUGGCGAGAGGAUUACUAACGAUGGAGGAACCCUUGUCUCCAGUGGAGGAAAGUUUGAACUGGGUUUCUUUAACCCGAUCAGAAGCUCUAGCCCGACUAGCCACAAAAAGUUCGUUGGGAUAUGGUACAAACAUGAUCAACAAACAGUUGUGUGGGUUGCCAACCGAGACAGCCAACUUAACGGUUCCACUGGAACUUUUGGAAUUGCAGAGGAUGGCAACCUUAAGGUAUGGGAUAGUACUGGAAACGUUUAUUGGAGUACAGGUGUUGAGAAUUCUUUGUCUACAAAUCGAACUGUGAAGCUCAUGGAUUCUGGAAACCUGGUCUUAAGGGAUGAUCAGUUGGCGACGAAUCUGUGGGAGAGCUUCCAAAAUCCAACUGAUACAUUUCUUCCAGGUAUGAAGAUGGAUGAUAACCUGAGAUUGACUUCAUGGAUAGGUGAUGGUGACCCGAGAACAGGGCUGUUCACUUUUGAGCAAGAUCUAGAAGGAGAGGGAUACUACGCUAUCUUAAAAAAGCAUGGCGAUUAUUGGAGAAGUCCGAUUUCUGGUAACUUCUUGAGAACAGAUGAAAUGCCCUAUGUCAUAGCCUACUUGUUAUCAAAUUUCAGCAAGAGCGUGAAUCAUACCAAUUACACAGGCUUAGUGAUGAAUUAUACGGAUUAUAGUCAGGGAACGUUAGUGAUGAAAUAUAACGGGGAAUUACAGUAUCUGAACUGGGAUGUGGACCAGGGAAUUUGGUCUUUGAUAUGGAAGGGGCCGGAAGACCAAUGCCGAAUUUACAAUGCUUGUGGGAAAUUCGGCAGCUGCAAUAUUAACAAUAGGUUGGUCUGCAAAUGUUUGCCUGGGUUCCAGCCUACUAACCUUAAGAAUUGGGAUUCUGGAGAUUUUUUGGGUGGGUGCACAAGAAAGUCGACAUCAUCUGACAAGAGCGACAUGUUCUUGAGCUUAAAGAUGAUGAAAGUGAGCGACCCAGACUCUAAUUUUCUGGCAAAAAAUGAAACAGAAUGCAGAAAUGAGUGCCUUAACAAAAGCCAGUGCCAGGCUUAUUCAUAUGAUGGGGAAGCUCAAAACAGCAACCUAAGAAGUGCAAGUACACAAACGAUGUUUCCUGCUAGGACCAACAUCUGCUACAUUUGGUUUGGGGAUCUAAGUAAUCUUCAAGAGGAGUACACAAACGGUGGUCGUGACCUCUCUGUCCGCGUGGCAAAAUCUGUUAUAGAACCAACGGUUAGUAAUUGUGAGCCUUGUGGGACAAACGUGAUCCCCUAUCCGCUGAGCACUGGACCAAAUUGCGGUGACCCCAUGUACUUUAGUUUCUACUGCAACAGUUCCACUCGCCAGGUUAGCUUCAAGACACCUAGUGGCACCUAUCGUGUCGAUAGUAUCAAUCCAAGUACAGCAACAUUUGUCAUCAAAGUCAACGAUGCAGAAAAUCCUGAAGCUAGAAGUCCAAGAGGAACUCUGCUGCUCAAUUACACACUGCCAUUUAAUACGCCAGGCCGGUUUACUGCUAAUGAAGUAGAGAUUAGUUGGGAGCCACCACUGGAGCCAACCUGUACUUUACUCACAAACUGCAAGGGCUGGCCAAAUUCAACUUGCGAAAUAACAAGAGAUGGAGAAAGGAGGUGCCUUUGCAAGCAAAACUUCCGAUGGAAUGGUUCCACUGUAACUUGUACUCGAGAAGGUAAUCUUUCUCAGUGGUUAAAAGAGCCUUCAAAAAGAAAGAAACGUUUGCUUCUGAGUGUUGUGGUACCUCUUAUAAGUGUGUUUGCUCUCACAUGUACCAUUACUUCUGUAUAUGUAUGGAGAAGAAAGAUUGCCAAGGAAGAAGAGAUUAGAAGAAGUGAUGAAAGAAAUCGAGCACUUCGUACUUUAGAUAGUGAAAGACAUCUCAAAGACUUAAUGGGAUCAGGUGAGUUUAGAGAAGAAGAUGAGAGAGGCAUAGAUGUACCCUUUUUUCAUUUAGAAAGCAUUCUAGCAGCCACAGAUAGCUUCUCGGAUGCAAAUAAGCUCGGAGAAGGAGGCUAUGGACCUGUUUACAAGGGCACAUUUCCAAGAGGUCAAGAAAUUGCAGUAAAGAGGCUCUCAAGUGUCUCAAGACAAGGCUUACAAGAAUUUAAAAAUAAGGUGGUGUUGAUUGCAAAACUGCAACACAGAAAUCUUGUUAGGCUUCGGGGAUAUUGCAUAAAAGGAGAUGAAAAAAUUUUACUCUACGAGUACAUGCCCAACAAAAGCUUAGACUCAUUUAUAUUUGAUCAAAAGCUCAGUAUGUCUUUGGAUUGGGAGAUGCGCCUCAAAAUCAUUCUGGGAAUAGCUCGUGGGCUUGCUUAUCUUCAUCAUGACUCGAGAUUGAGGAUCAUCCAUAGAGACCUAAAAACUAGCAACAUUCUUCUAGAUGAGGACAUGACUUCCAAGAUAUCCGAUUUUGGCUUGGCAAGGAUGAUUGAAGACAAAGAAACUAGAGCAAACACAACUAGAGUAGUUGGAACUUAUGGUUAUAUGUCUCCAGAGUACGCAAUAAAAGGAAUUUUUUCAGUCAAAUCCGAUGUUUUUAGCUUCGGAGUGGUUUUACUUGAGAUUAUAAGUGGAAAAAAGAAUACAGGAUUUCAUCAAUCAGAACUUGCCAUGAGCCUUAUUAGUUAUGCAUGGAGAUUGUGGGUAGAAGACAAGGUGUUGGAUUUAGUAGACGAGACUCUACAUGAAGUUUGCAGUCUAGAUCAGUUUGUGAAGUACGUAAAUGUUGGACUCUUAUGCGUACAAGAAGACCCAAAUGACCGCCCAACCAUGUCAACUGUUGUUACCAUGCUUGACAGCGAAUCUGCAACUAUUCCAACUCCUAAACGGACAGCUUUUGUUCCAACUCCGAGAGGCUUUUCUAGCACAACUACUUCUUCUAGUGGACCAGACACAUAUACAGGAUCAACUGGUAGUUUAGCAGGAAGAUGAUCGAUAGUGCAUGAUACCAAUGCAAAUUCUGGUGAGGUUGUCCUUUACUAGACUAGCUUACAACGGUUCUAAUGGACUACACAUUGGUUUCUAUAAAUAUGAAGGUUCCAUUAGCCCUUCACCCAAAUCAAACUUUUCUCCCAAUAUCUACUCCUUUUUCUUGUAAGAUUUGGUGUUGAUUGUAGUUUCUUAUACUAUUCUGUUUCAGUCAUUAUGAAGUAGCCUAUAUGUAAGAUUUGAAAUUAUAUAUAUAUAUAUAUUCCUUUACUUGAAACUUAUGU